UAUUACCUGACUCUAACCACCAAAUAUAGUUCUUUGCCUGAUAAACGGUUAAGAUAAAAUAAGGCAAUUUGCAUUCAAAGCUGAAAUGCAAAUUCAAUGCAUUUUGCAUUUAACGGAGUCAUUUCAAACAGUUAAAACACGUUAAAAGGCUCCACACACACACAUAUACACACACAAAAAUGCACACACAGUCCUAGCAGUCACGUGCUUUCUGUGAAAUGGGCUCGAGCAAACCGAAACCAACUGCACCUGAAAAAAAAAAUACGUGCGCGUACGCGUGCGUGUUUGUGCGUGCGCGCGCGUGUGUUUUUUUUUUCUUGAAGUGUGUCUUUCAUUGGAAAAACAAAUUAAAGCUCGGAUAUUAUGUUACAGUCUAGAGUUAGAGCCCAGCAUGUUAUCAGCAGUGUGAAGAGGAGGCCCCGCCCCUAAAGCUAAACCGAAAGUAAAACAUUUCUCCUGCUGAGGAGCAACGACCUCCAGCAGCACAAGCUGCUGCAGCUCACUGCUGCACGGACACCACACGACUCACUCACUUACUGCAACUCAUCAGAUUCUCCAGUGACAGAUGGCUGAGCUGAUCCAGCCUCUUCUCCCCUCCAGAAGUUUGUGAAAAUGGUGAUAAAUGUUGAUUAAAGCAACAUGACGUCUGAAGGAGGACAGUGCAGCAGAUGACCAACCAGAGAGAAGCCAGUGAUGGAGGAUCUGCCAGUGAAAAGAGGAGGAACUGGUGCAACAGGUGGUCAAGAGGAGGAUCCUCCUUUCUAGGAUGGUCAGAGACAAUCUUAAUAGAACAGUAGUUCAGAGCAAAAUACAGAAUGGUGCAGCUGAGACACAGAACCGAAGCCAACCCCCCGAGGAACCCGCAAGAGCAGAAAGAGCUCAAGGCCCAGAGAGAGCUCAGCCAGAGAGCCUAGAGCCCACAGAGAGGCAGCUCGACCUGCUGCUCUGGAAAAAACUCAACUUACAGGAAGAUCCUGAGACCUGGUGCCAGUCAGUGGGUGGAGCUGAUGCUGAAAGCUUGCCCACACACCUCCGUCCAUUCCGCAGCGCAGCGGAGUACAAACUAGUGAAACACACGUACCGGCAGCUCCAACACAGUGGUUACUACUGGGGCUCCAUGACCAUGGAGGAGGCACACGAGAUACUGGCAAAGGCACCACUGGGAACCUUCCUCAUCAGAGACAGUGGCCAGACAGAUGUCUUCUUCACUCUGAGUUACCAAAGCGAAGAUGGCCCAACGAGUGUUCGUGUCCAGCUGAACAACCUGCACUUCAGUCUGUAUGGCAGCCACAGGACUUUUCCUUCCCUCUUUGCUCUGCUCACUUAUUACACAAGCUCGUCCUGCAAGCUGACAGUGCCUUAUCGCAAGCAGCGCCCGGAGCGCCUGAAGCAGAUGUGCAGGAGGGCUCUGAUGGGCUCGUAUGAAGUAGGAAAUAUACGCACCUUACCUGGACUCAGCACUCAAGUUAAAGACUAUGUUUGUGCGUACCCUUGUUGUAUAUAGACAUGUGUGGACAGAGGGACUGUCCUUGUAUCCAGGUGUGUGUUAUAAGUUAAACAAACAUUCUGCUAUUGAGUCAUAUUUAACUUCAUAAAUCACACAAAUGUAGCUUGGAAGUCAUUCAAAGGUUAUUUGCACACAUUAUCUGAAUUUUUUACAGAGUGUACUGUUCAUGGUACUUGUUAUUAUUUUUAAAUUAAUAAGAACAUCCAAAUCUUCUGAAACUGCUGCAAUAGUGCCUCCAUGAUACAUAUCAUAGAAAUGUAAAACUUGCUGCAUUAAUCAAUGUUUGUCCACUAGGGGGCAAAAACAACAUUUAUCACCAGUUUAUCUUGUUAUGGCUGAAAUAUAAGCAAACACUUCUCUGCUUCAUGGCCACAUGUGGAAAUCAAAUAUUUUUUCAACUUAACGCUAUUUUUGUAUUUAUAAUUUUUAUAAGAAAGCAACAGGUUGUUUCUUCAGAUAAGUAAUGGAUAAAGUACAAUACUAGAAGCCAUCUUGGCUUUUAAUCCAGCCAACCUGCACGUCUUUAAUCAGUAUUCAAUUAGGCAUUGUUGUGGAAAAUCUUAACAAAUCAAGACAACAAGGGUUUCUUAGAAAAACAGCCCGUGCUGGAUUUAAUGAAAAGUAUGAAAAAUAGAUAAUAUAGUCAAAAUACACAAACGGGUACUUGAUCCAAACAGGAAGUGCAGCUCAUUUUCUAGUCUUGGUUCUAUUUACCUUGGGUUUGUACGUAAGGCCUGACUCAUGAUUUCCUGUUUUGUUCCUAUCUGGUGCCUUGGAAAUUCCUAAAUUUCAGCAGGAAAACAGGGACGUACACAAGGCCAGAUUAAAGUUGCUUGAACAGCAGCUCAUUUGCCCUCGUUGUUUGUUUUCCCCCUCAGAGAUGAAGCUCAGCCAAACAAUUGUUUUAUUUUUUUCUGUUGUGGUUGCAAAAAUACUAGUAGCACAUGAUUGCUAAAGGUCAAAUUAAAUCACCAUAACAUCGAAAGGUUUAUUAAUUUUUUAUAGACAUUCCUCCCCAGAACACAGAGACACAGCUCUUUAAAAAAAAAACAACAGAUAAAGAGAAAGUUGGACACAAAGCAAUGCCCUUUGCCCUAUCUGUUAAAAGAGACUCCACAGAACAGAAACUGGUGAUUAUGCUCUGAGUUUGUCAAUAGCGAGCCCUGUCACAUUACUUGUAGCCAUUGUUAAUGCAACAGUAUUGAUUCAUGCCGUGUGGAUUGUGAUAGAUUGUUCAUCAGCGCUUUAAAUCAUCUUUACAUGUUUACUGAAUGUCCUUAGUCAGAACAACAAACAACUGUACAAGAGUGGUAUGCUUUUCAAAAAGUAAUUAAAAUAUUUAAUGUUUUAUUUUAUAUUUAAUGUCAUAUUUCAUGUUUAAUGCACUAUAAUGGAUGUGAACCCAAGGCUGAACUACAGACCAGGCAAAGUGAGCGACUGCCCCAGGGCUCAGGCUGUCGCUCUAUUUUUAGAUAAACCAGCCACAGUGGUUAGUGGUUAGCACUGUGGCUAGCAAAAG